AUGAAGUUGCUCGUGGUUAUCUUAAUCUUUCUCCUCUGUGGACGCCAAGUAGCAGCAGGAGUGAAUCCACUGUCAACAGAAAUAAAAAAGAAAUGCCGUCAAUAUGGCAUCUGCAGAAUUGAAUGCUAUCAAAGUGAAAUGUUAAUUGCCUACUGUGCAUUCUAUCUGGAGUGCUGUGUCAAAGGAAACCCUGAGCCCUGA